UGUGUUGUGUUUUCAUAAACAAACCACAUUUUUCCUCCUUCCGUGAGGCCGCUGUUCACGAACCUGACAAGCUGCCCGCUUUGUCGAAUUUAUCUGUCUUUUUUUUCAACGAAAAUAUAUAUAUAUUUGGAAGCUCUACAACGUUAUACUCAGAGACUUGUGUCAUAAACAGAGGCUGUCUGGACUCUUCAUUGUCCGAGACGUCAACGCGUGGUCGACUGCCUCAUCGACCCUUUUUGACCGCCUCAUCCCGAUUUAUCUGCUUUUUUGACACUUUUAUUUGCCCACCGUGUGUAGGCUGUGAAGAGUCCUGCCAUUGGGAGAUAUGGUGAAGCUGACAAAAGCCAAGACGUUCCAGGCCUACCUGGACUCCUGCCAUCGCCGCUACAGCUGUGUUCACUGCCGCGCCCAUCUGGCCAACCAUGAUGAUCUUAUCUCCAAGUCUUUCCAAGGAAGUCAAGGCCGAGCUUACCUCUUCAACUCUGUGGUGAACAUCGGCUGUGGUCCUGCAGAGGAGAGGCUGCUGCUCACAGGACUUCAUGCAGUGGCCGACAUCUACUGUGAAAACUGCCAUACCACUCUGGGCUGGAAAUAUGAACAAGCCUUUGAACUGAGUCAGAAGUACAAGGAAGGGAAGUACAUCAUCGAGCUGUCCCACAUGAUAAAAGACAACGGCUGGGACUGAGAGGGAAAUCUACACCAUACUCCAUGACUUUUUUUUCAAAGUUGCAUCCCCUCAUCCUAGCAGGGUUCCAGUGUAGCUUCCUCAUCCCGCAUUCGAGCCGUCGCUGUGCCACACUUUCACUGUCUCUCUCUGCGGCUUUGCCACGAAUAGCAUGUGAUGCCUUAUCUUACUCAUUUCUCCGUGUGUUUUCCAGCAGCCGCAACACAUUUUCUGAUAAUGCAAUCCCAAUGGCUAGUUGUGCUCGGGGCAUGGCGUGAAUGAAGUGUUGGGUUUGUGUGCGGAAGAACUCACGGGCACGUGUGUGCAUAUUGGAAUUUUAAGUGUGUGUUUUGAGGGAUGAACCUCUUAUCAGUGAUCAAUAAAAAAGAGUUGCUAGGUGGGGGGCAAGGCAAAUAAUGAUGACCUUCUUGCAGUGGCAUUCGGGUUUUUUUUUACUCCCAAGUUUACAAUUCCAACGUAGAUCUGGCCAAAAUGCAUAGAGAAUGCAAGUGAACUGAAAUAAUGAAGAGCAGGGGCAGAGCUUAUUUUUUUAAUGAAUUGUGGACAUUUCAGGUUUUAUAUAAGGUCGGUGAUACUUUGCCACAAGCAUACAGGAUGUUGAAUUAGUAAUGGUGAUGACCAUACAAGUCAUUUUAAAGGAGAACUACAUUUUAGUGUGUGUGUGUGUGUGCGCUUGUGUAUUCAGCUCUGUGGGAAACUUGUAGAUUAGACCUAGGAUUGUCAGUACCAGAUACUUGCAUUUGAUGAUUAAGUUUUGUGUUCUCCCAAGACCUGAAGUUCAGCUUUGUGCUUGCAGUGUGUGCCGAGAUGGUUUUCGCUGCACAAUUAGGAUAUCCACUACUUGCUGACAUCCUCGAGAUCUAUCCUCUACACGUUUGUGUAUAGCGUAACAAUGGGACGCCCUCACAGCUACAUGUACUCAAUCAUGUUUGAGCAAUGUGUGAUUAGAAUUAUGUAGCAUAUUUAUGGUGAUUUUUUUUAUUAUUAUUAUUGUGUGCUUCUUUUCAUUAAAGUAUACUUUUUACUUUUACUCUUUCAUUAAAAUGCAGUGUCUGUAA